AUGUUGCUCUACGGCUCGUUGCUCUUCGUGGCGUUGGCUGUGGCUAUACCAUCGCCUUAUGCUGGAUACCCUGGAAGCGUAGGGAAGCGUGCUGCGAACUCUACUCAAUCUUCGCUCGAGAUCGACUUAGGAUACGCCAUAAUACAAGGCUGGCGCAAUGAGUCCGCGAAGCUGAACUUGUUCCAAGGGUACAGAAUUCGCUAUGGGCAGGACACAAGCGGCCAGAAUAGAUGGCAGCCUCCUCGCGUGCCGGAGGUGAACCGUACUGCAGUCGUCAAUGCCUCCAGCUAUGGCUCGCAAUGCCCACAAGCUCCAGAUGCGUCGAGUUCGUAUACUCCCGUCGACAACUCGAAGAGCAGUGAAGAUUGCUUGUUCAUCAAUGUCUUUUCUCCCAGCACCAUUCCGCAAGGCAACGGGACAUCAGAGCCUAGCUUACCUGUGCUUGUGUGGAUUCAUGGUGGAGGUUACGCGCAAGGCGCGGGCGCGUAUGACCUUACGCCACUGCUAUACAACAAUGACAACCAAUUCGUAGCUGUUGAGUUCAAUUAUAGGCUUGGCGCCUUUGGAUUCCUCAGUUCCGACGAGGUGGCUCGCAAUGGGGUCGCCAACGCUGGCAUACUCGAUCAACAGCUGGCUCUGCAUUGGAUCCAGCAAUAUGUCCAUCUCUUCUCCCAGGGUGGUGACAGCAGAAGAGUGACCAUCUUCGGCGAGAGUGCAGGCGCUGGUAGUGUCAUGUUGCAGGACAUUGCGUACGGCGGCACUUUGGGCUCGACUCUCUUCCGUAAUUCGAUCACUUCUAGUCCUUAUUUGGCCUUCCAGUAUGGUUACAAGGAUUGGCAGCCUUCGCAAUCCUACUAUGCUCUCGCUGGUGCCGCAGGCUGCGAUGUGAAGGAUGGUUACUUGCACAAUGGAUCUAAGCCCAUCUUUCAGUGUUUGCAAGAAGUCGACUCCAAAACACUCAUGAGUGCUGCAGCGAACGUCUCCCAGAGCGGUACAUGGGGUACCUGGGCCUUCCUGCCGGUAACCGACGGCCAUUUGAUUCAGGAGCGGCCAAGUCAGGCUCUAGCUGAAGGCAGAGUCAACGGCGUCAACCAUCUUGCUGGCCACAACGCACUAGAAGGUGCUUCAUGGGUACAACCAAACAGUAUCGAGACGAUUGACGAUCUCGUCUCCUAUCUCAAGAAGAUAUUUCCCAACUUCAACAAUAACGAUAUCGCCAAGAUCUUGCUCUACUAUCCUUCGACCAACGCCUCCACGGAUUUCAACGCUCCGCUUUGGUCCACCGAAGGUAGCUAUGGACCAACUACGAUCAAUCAAAGUAUAGCUGCAACUGGCCAGCAGCAGCGUGCUAUUGCCAUAUAUGGCGAGACAACUUUCAUCUGUCCAUCGUACUGGCUCGCAGAAGCUUACAGCAACAACAAGCACGGCGGUCAAGGCUGGAAAUAUCAGUUCUCGAUCCCAAAUGCGUAUCACGGCGCUGAUGGCGCUGGGUACGUUCGUUGGCCGUAUACUGGCGGCUAUUACAGCCCAGACUUCAUCAUCGCCUUCAUGCGAAUGCUUGGCGCCUUUAUCGUGAACGACGACCCAAGUGUGUCAAGUCUGGUCGACAAUGGCAUCAAUACUCAAAAUGCGACUUUCAACCCUGUCAGCGACUGGCCACCAUACAGCAUCUACGAUCCUAUCAUGAUGGACUUCAAUACUACUUGCCCACAGCUUGUGACGAUCGGGGGUCUGCCAUACUGUAGUGGCGGAGGCCAGCUUAAUGCUUUUAGGCUCGAGGAUGCUUAUACCUGGGAAGGUGGUCGUGGCCAGAGAUGUGAUUUCUGGCGGAUGAUGGGCGAGAAGGUGCCUGAGUAG